UUCCACGGGUACCCCAGUGAGCAGUAUGAUGUGCUGAUGGAGGAUGGUUACAUCCUCAGCCUCUACCAGAUUCCUCACGGCAAGGGGGACACUGGGCAGUCGGGAUCCAGGUCACCCAUGUUGAUAGUUCAUGGGUUCAGUUUAUAUGGUAGUGACUGGGUGGACAAUCUCUCCAGCAUCAGCCUGGGCUUCAUCCUUGCAGGUGUGGGGUACGACGUCUGGAUCGGAAACAGCCAGGGUAACAGCUGGUCCCACUGGCACCUGAUCCCUUCUAUUGACCAAGAGGAGUUUUGGGAUUUCAGUUUCCAUGAGCUGGCCAUGUAUGACCUCCCUGCCAUGGUGGGCUUCAUUCUAAGGCAAACCAGGCAGGAGAAACUGUUCUAUGUUGGCCAUGCUCAGGGCAACUCUCUGGGUCUCAUAGCAUUUUCGAGCAUGCCACAUCUGGCUGGGAAAAUCAAACUCUUCUUUGCACUGGCUCCUCUCUACACCUUUCAUCAUGUCAAAGGGGCCACGUUAAAGAUAGCAUUUUUACCAGACGUGAUGCUGAAGGCAAUAUUUGGAACAAAACAGCUGACUCCGGUGGGGAGGAAGGAGAGAGCCACCCUUGCCAAGACGUGCAGCAAUCUGCUAACAGCUGAAGUCUGUGAAAAUGAGAUCUUCCAUAUUGGCAGGUACAAUAAGAAGAACUUGAACAUGAGUCAACUGGCUGUAUACCUAGCACAUUUUCCAGACUAUACGUCAGUAAAAACUCUUCUCCGCUGGGGACAGACUGCCAAACCCGAGGAAUUCAAGAAGUUUGACUAUGGGGAGAAGAACCAGGAGAAGUACAACGAGGCCACCCCCUCCUUGUACAGGAUAGAAGACAUGACGGUGCCAACUACCCUGUGGAGCGGCUGGGAGGACUGGGUGAAUCCCCCUCCGGAGACCCAGCACUCGCUUCCCCACAUCACCAACCUCGAUCGUCAGGAGCACUUCCCCAACUGGAAGCGCUUUGAUCACCACUGGGGUCGGGAUGCCCCUCAGUGCAUGUACAGGCAGAUGGUCGCUCUGAUGGAGCAAAAUCCAUGA